AUUACUGUAACUAACAUGGAGAACCCUCUUGCGCAAGUUGGCCAGUUCUUUGGUGGUGCUCUGCGCGCUGCGCAGCAGCACCCGUUUGCCCAGAAUGCUCAGAAGGCGAUCAAGCGCUUCCAGGAGCAGAACGAGGAGCGUGAGCGCGCCGCCCGGCUGCCGCCCCGCAUUGUGAGCCUGCCGCGCUACGCGCCCGUGGCUGCCAUCAUCCCGGGCGACUCCACGGCCGAGCUGGUGCUCACCAACGGCCUCUACAACUUCCUGAACCUGUACAACACCGCGCUCAUCGUGCGCCUGGUGCUGACGUGGUUCCCCAACCCGCCCGAGUUCCUGGUCACCCCCCUCUCCACUGUGUGUGACCCCUACCUGAACCUGUUCCGCGGCCUCAUCCCGCCGCUGGGCGGCAGCCUGGACUUCUCACCCAUCCUGGCCUUCGUGGUGCUCAACCUGUUCACCAACACCGCCGCGGCUCUGCCCUGCGAGGUCAAGCGCUCCGGCGGCGCCGUCGCUGCCGCCAGCCCGGCCGCCGCUGCCGCCGCCCCCAGCCGCCUGGAGCUGGAGGCGUGCCGCUGGGCCCACGUGUCGCGCGGGGAGGCGCUGUUCCGCCGCCGUGUGGCUGCCACCCGUGUGCGCGGCUGGGCCGCCGCGCAGCAGUAGGCGCCACACGCAGACGGAUAGCUCAACACAUGCACACGUACACACGGACAUACGCACGCACGCAGUCAGGCAGGCAGGCAGGCAGCGGGGGCCAAUGUGAGCAGCGCUGUGGGGUGGCGGGACAUUUGCGCGCAUGUCGAUGUGAGCGGUGUUGAGGGCUGGUGAGAGGCGGUGCAGUGCAGGGGUCGGGCUGUGGCGGUUGAUCCGGAUGUUUAUGAGUCGGCGGGGGAUCGAGGGACGGACGGACGGAGUACACCCAGGCUAUUGCCGGUACCGGUGUGUACGGCAUUUUGCAGGGUCCUGGAUGUGUCGGGGCUAGGUGGAGAAUGGGGCGCGCGCCAAUUUAGGGCACGGGGUUGGCAAGGACAAACGCGUCGUGGAGACCCCUGAAUGGAUAGCUGGGGCCUGCUGAGGAUGCCGGGUCAGACGUGGCUGGGGUAUCGGACUCUCGGACAUGAGGAUUAGGGCUGGAUGUGGGCCUGGCACAAUUUCGCAGCUUCUUGCUAUUGGAUGGCAUGUAGGCUCGGGCGUAUGUUGAGGAUGCGAUAUGCGGUCUCGAUAUGCGGGUUUGGAGAAGGGAAGAUGGUGACGGCCUGGUGACGGCGCGAGUUGCGCGGUCAGCCUGUCAGAGGGCUUGCAGGGGAAGUUUUGCUGGAAUUCUCGUUUGUAAGUCUUUGUUAAGCAGGCACUGAGUAGCGCGUUGCGAGGGCAGGGACACGCUCCGUGCCGUGCUAGAGAUUGUUGGCACGGCCUGGCAGCGGCCGGGCACGGCACGCUUGGAGAGCGAUUGUUGGCACGUUUGGAGUGUGCGUAUUCUCACCAGCCAGCCUACCUUUACAGGCUUUCUGCUGCUACACUUAACCAGUAAGCGCACGCAACCCUA